AUGGCCCGUCUCUUUGCCUUGUCCUUCUUGGUCCUAGCAGGCGCCCAGCUCCCCGACGAUGAGUGCGAUGUCUCCGGCGGAAACGAUUGUGCCCUGAAUGCCCUGCAGCGAGACGCCCGGCGUUUGGAGUCCACUGAGGAGUUGGAGCCGUUCAUGGUCGAAGUCGAAACCAAAGAGACUCAGAACGUCUCGAUGGAAGAUUUGGGCCUGGACGAGCUGCACCGCUUGCUGGGCAUGGCGCAAGAGGAGUUGCUGAAACGAGGCGAACUCUACGGCGCGAGCCCUCCGGAGGACGGCAUGGAUGCAGAGCGCGGUCGGUCGGACGCCUUCAACGGCACCGAUGGUAGCAAGGCGAAGUCUGCAGCUGGCUUGGCGUCCUGCGGAGAGCCCCACUACUACGGAAGCAGCCCAAAGGAGCUGUGUUUCUGUAAACUCGCCGGGAACCCGGGCUGCUCCAAGAAGAGUUGUACCUGCCCACAGGGUUGUGGAAGCAAUGUGGUUUGGCACAGCUCCAACAGUGUGACCUUCAAAAAUCGCGCGCGGGCCCACGGGUGCCACCCUUCUACGGUGCUUUUGACUGCGCCCAAGGCCUACUACGGCACACCGCGCGACCUGAAGCAGUGCUCCGAUGCUCUCUCAGUUAUCGAGAUGCUUUUGAGAGAUAGCUGGAACCUGUACCAGAGCCGGGUGCAUCGGGGCUCCAUGCAUCAGUGCUUCCAUGGCUCUCGGACUGCCAGCGUGAAGUAUUUGCACCUGCAGUCCUUCUGUUCCUAUGCCUCUUUCCACGCCAUGCCCAACAACAACCACGCCGUGGGUGUGUGCGUGAAGAUGGAGAGUUUGAGCCAGGCGAGUUCUUUGGCCAGGCAGCUCUACAACCAGAUGGAGUGA